GCGAGCGUGUUGAUGGCGUCCGUGCGCGGCCUCCGUGGCGGCGGCGGCGCGGGCUCCCUGGUCCUGCUGCUCUGGCUCCAGCUCCUUCAGCCCCGGCUCAGCGAGGCUCUGGGUCGGGGUUACAGAGCAGAAGAGGAACCCCCAAUGACCCGGGGAAGCCCAGAGUCCUCGGCCCCUGUAGGAACCCUGAAGUCACCAAGGACUCCGGAGCUGGCCGUAGCUCCAGGAUCACCGGCAACCACGGGACCUCCAGGACCCCAGCAUCCUUCAUCACCGGCCUUGGGGGCAGCCUUUGCACCCGCUGAGAACCCCACACUUGGAGGCCCAUUUCCCGGAGGUCCGGCUUCCAGGGCCCGCCCGUCUGGAGUGUGCGGCCAGCGCUUCCCAAAGAUCGUUGGUGGACUGCCGGCCCCACAGAGGAAGUGGCCCUGGCAGGUGAGCCUGCAGGCCAAUGACGAACACAUUUGCGGAGGCUCGCUCAUCGCCCGCAGCUGGGUGCUGACUGCAGCUCACUGCAUAUUCGGCAACUUGGAAUACACCGUGAAGAUGGGAGACACCAUAUUGCGCGAUAAGUCCUCUAGGGCGAUUACGGUUCCAGUCAGGGACAUCGUUUACCCUCACGACUUUGCAGCUGACAGCCUGAGUAAUGACAUUGCUCUCGCCCUGCUUGCCUUCUCCGUGAACUACUCCUCUCUCAUCAGUCCCGUGUGUCUCCCUGAAAACCUUUUUGAAAUACCAGCGGGGACCAACUGCUGGGUGACUGGAUGGGGCCGACUGUCCGAGGAUGGUGAGACUCAGGCAGUGUGCCGAGAUUUAGCACCGUCACCCAUCAACCUUCAGGAGGCUGAGCAAAGCAUCAUUCGCUUUGAGGAAUGUAAUGAGGUGCUCAAAAAAAAGAUGACAAAGACAGAUGACGUGGUCAAGAGAGGAGCAGUCUGUGGCUAUAAUGCCCGAGGGAAGGAUUCCUGCAAGGGUGAUUCUGGGGGGCCCCUGGUCUGUGAACUUAACAAAACCUGGAUCCAGGUGGGGAUUGUGAGCUGGGGCAUCGGCUGUGGUCGCAGAGGUUACCCUGCAGUAUACACGGAAGUUAGUUUCUACAAGGAGUGGAUCGUUAAACAACUGAGCCGAGCUUCCAGUCUGGACCCAUCAGGCUUCCUCAUCCUACUCCCAUGUCUGCUGCUGCCCCCGGGCAUCCUGGGCACCCCGUGAUCACCCCGGCCCACACCCUUCCCAUUUCUGAGUCUCACACUUGGGCCUCUCCUCCAGCCACUUCCCCUUCCUCCUCAACUGUCCUGUCCUCAAAUCCCAGUUGGACCUGUUGCAGAGCCACACAGUAGAGCAUGGCGGGGAACUGGGGCCUGGAGUGUCCCGGCCCGGUGUGCUGCUCACCUCCCUCCUGGGCUGUGCUCUGCCUGGGUGGAGGAGGGGGAGCCGAGUCCCGCUGGAGGGCCGCUGACCUGAGGUGAGCAUGCUCAUCGCCAUCUUGGAGAACUCCUACGAAGAGGAGACGUCAUCCGUGGUGACGCAGGUGUCAGACCUGGUCCUGGUUUCAGGGCUCUCACCCAAGACCUUCCAACCAGUCAGCCUGGUGACUGCUCAGAGAGUGACGGUGGCACUGCCAGGCCCCUGCAGAGGUGCGAGGCCCAGGACUUACACCUCUGCCUAGUUGUCUGGGGCCGGGAGACGUACCCCUGCGCCCCUGUGUGGAUCCGUGUGUGAGCAGACAGCCUCUGCCACACUCGCCCUCCUAGGGCACCCCAGUCUUGGCCCCCCUUCCUCAGUGCCCUAAGGCCACAUCCAGGAACACCCCACGUUGUGUUGAGAUGGUUACAGAGUGCAGAGAUUUCCGACGUCAACUGAAUAAACGUGUGGAGAGUCCCCUGUGUGCCCGGAAGCUCUGCUCACCUGGGGGUCAGGUGCGUACAUCCAAGGACCCGCUUUCCUGUUAAGGUCUAAAAGUAUUUAUGUCCUUAAAGCCUGGGAGGAGCAGUGAGGACUGGCCUGCUGGGAUGUGAGUCUUAAGGAUGGUUCUAGCCAGCGUGGACCUGUGCUAGGCAGCAUCGCUGCAGGCAGCUGUGGUCCCUUGAGCUCCUGGGGACUCACCCUGCGGGGAGCUUUGUCACAGAGUUAGCAGUCUGCAAGCAGGCAGAGGGAAUCCAGAGGCAGGAUCUGGGAGUGAGUAAAGCUGGGGCGUGAGAAAUAGCUCUCCACAGCUUCACCUCACUCCCUCGCGCUGUGCCCAGAGAGCCCCAUUCAUGCGGGGAGAGGGGCGAGAAGGGCGAGAGGCUCCCUGAUGAUCCGCACAGAGAUGCUUUCCCCUCACCACAGUCCUGGCUUCCCAGGGUCUCUGUCAGCUGCGGACCUACCCGCCCCGAUCUGCCCUCUGUGCUUCCAUGGCUCCAUGCUUCUUCUGCGAGUAGUCUGUUAGCCCCACCUCUGCUGGUGACAGCUUACAGCACACCUUGUCUCCUGGUGCUUACAGCUCCAGGAGUUUUAAGAAAGCACUCAGGGAACCAGCGGUUGACAUAAUGGCUAUAUCCCUGGACUCGCAUGUAGUCGACCGCGGUUCGAGUCCCAGAUCCAGUAG